GCCAAUUGCUCGAUCGCCUAUAAAUGCUUGCCUCCGCAUCUUCUCUUCGUUCUCCUGCUCACUGCUUUUCCUUGCUCUCUCUUGUACCAGACCAGCCAUGGGAGAAGGAGCUGCGGAUCUCCCUCCUGGUUUCCUUUUCUUCCCCUCCGACGAAGAGCUCGUCGUCCAUUUCCUCUACCACAAGACCGCUCUCCUCCCUUUCCAUCCCGACAUCAUCCCCACUCUCGAUCUCCAUCGUUGUGAUCCAUCGAACUUCCAUGGUAAAGCGUUUCAAGGAGGGAACAGGUGUUGGUACUUCUUCACGAGCAGAAGCGAAGUCAGAGCAUCGGUCAGUGGAUACUGGAAUCCAGUGGGCACCGACGAGGUCGUAAUCAGCGGCAAUAAGGAUGUCGGUGUGAAGACGACGCUCAAAUACUACAUCGGCCAACCUCCCGACGGCAUCAGAACCAACUGGCUCAUGCAUGAGUACCGUUUGCUGAAUGAUACUGUUCAUGGUGGGAGCUCAACCUGCAGCAGCACCAGAAGGGAGAGAGGACAACCAGAGUUCAACAAAUGGGUGAUAUGCCGCGCACAGGAGUGCUGCUCGCAGGCGAGCGCGCACGACGACGGCGGCGGCGGCACCGAGCUGUCGUGCCUCGACGAGGUGUUCUUAUCCCUGGAUGAUCUCGACGAAGUGAGCUUGCCGAACUGAGAUCAUGGCAACCCCCAAAGGCCGACCAGAGUGUCCUCGAAACCACGCCAACACUCCAUGCACGUAUAUGCCGUACUCACUCUUCUCACAUCUGUCGCUUCCAAUAACACAGAGCUCGCCCAAGUGAUGAUGAGGCGCUCUUCCCCCAUUUCCUCUAACUCUACUGCACUGUGUAUCGAUCGUCAAUGGUGUUUCCAUGGCAUUCAUGAUACGUUUGUAGACUUUAAAGUGUAUGAUGGCAAUCUUGUGCGACAAAAGCAAUGGAGUUGGCUUCGCUUAUUGUUGUGA